CCGGAGACAUGGCGGACGGCCAAACGACGCGGGACGGACGGGCGGCGGGGGGGUCCCGGCGGGCGCGGAAAGGUGACAUAUGCUAAUUCGGAGACGGACGGUGGUUUGACGAUGGACUUUACCAAAAGCUGUCAAACACAACCGGCGGGCUGGCCUGGUGUGUGCUGAGACUGGAUUCAACAGACAGCCCAGGUUUGGCUUCAUGUGUGACCUGUUACACUACCUGGUGGACCCGGACCCCCGAGAGAAGAGAAGGUUCGUCUUUUGUGGAGAAAAACAACUGACAUGAAACCCAGUCCGGCUUUCAAUUGGUUGUUUUUGUGCUGCAAAAUGUGCUGUCCAGACUGGUAAAGACACUAAUUGGUAGGCGUAUAAGAUGAAAUUCCUCAUUAAAACUUCUCUCUCUGGCCAUUUUUCAGUCAUUUGAUGCAGGUUUGUAUCACCAAAUAAAAAAAAAUAAAAAAAAGUUUGUCAACAGUGUAGGUGGGGUUUAUAUGAACAUGUGUGAGCUUCCUUUCCUAAUGUUAGCAUGAUAAGGCUAACAGUGAACUGGAUCAGGCCUGACUUCCCCAUGUGCUUGCGUGGUCCGAGGGUAUAUAGUUUGAAAAUACCGAUGGUCUCAGGUUUAUGCAUCACAAAAGACAGGGGGGUAAUGUGAUUAUAUCUUGUGCUGGAUUUGCGGUGGCCUGCUGACCCCGGGUAGCCGGCAGAUACAGUUCAAGAACAUCACUGAAAUCCUCCACGUUUCCUUUACUCUCUUGAAAAUGCUGAAUCCUUUUUCGUGGCGUUUACAAAGUAGUACAGUACAUCCCAUAACAGAAAGCAAGGACCCAAAUCAUACACAACUGCAAAAAAUAUAUAUUUUUAAGUAGAAAACAUCCUGGGUAAUGCAUAAGGGACUUGAAUUAUCAACACUAUGCAAGAUAAAAGCAUCGCAGCAAAUAAUACAUAUCUGAUUGAAUGUUACAGAGACAAACAAACAGUAGCACAGGCAUGUAGAGACGGGCUGGACGUGGUGAGAGGGCACUGUCUUGACUACACAGAUUUCCUUGUGCUUUUCCAUGCUGUCUUCAUACACUCACAUUAAACUGGUACACGGCUGUUUCAAUAAGGCCGCAAAUACAGGUGAAAACAACCCGGCAAAAAAAAAAAAAAAAAAAACAUCCCCAGCACGUCCCCUAAAGGUCCUCUCCGAACGUCCGGUGUCCACAACAUCCCCGGGACAUCCCGGGGACGUCUAGAAGACCUUCCCCUAAUGUCCCCUGGACAUUACAGGACGUCCCGCAAUAACGUCCCUGGAAUGUCUAGAGGACUUUCCCCUAACGACCCUGUAAUGUCCUCGGGACGUUACAGGGCCGUCCUGCAACAACAUCCCCGGGAUGUCACGGGGACGUCAGAAGGACGUUCCCCUAACGUCCCUGUAAUGUCCUCGGGACGUUACAGGGUCGUCCUGCAACAACAUCCCUGGGAUGUCACGGGGACGUCAGGAGGACGUUCCCCUAACGACCCUGUAAUGUCCUCGGGACGUUACAGGGUCGUCCUGCAACAACAUACCCGGGAUGUCACGGGGACGUCAGGAGGACGUUCCCCUAACGUCCCUGUAAUGUCCUCGGGACGUUACAGGGUCGUCCUGCAACAACAUCCCCGGGAUGUCACGGGGACGUCAGGAGGACGUUCCCCUAACGACCCUGUAAUGUCCUCGGGACGUUACAGGGUCGUCCUGCAACAACAUCCCCGGGAUGUCACGGGGACGUCAGAAGGACGUUCCCCUAACGACCCUGUAAUGUCCUCGGGACGUUACAGGGCCGUCCUGCAACAACAUCCCCGGGAUGUCACGGGGACGUCAGGAGGACGUUCCCCUAACGACCCUGUAAUGUCCUCGGGACGUUACAGGGCCGUCCUGCAACAACAUCCCCGGGAUGUCACGGGGACGUCAGGAGGACGUUCCCCUAACGACCCUGUAAUGUCCUCGGGACGUUACAGGGUCGUCCUGCAACAACAUCCCCGGGAUGUCACGGGGACGUCAGGAGGACGUUCCCCUAACGACCCUGUAAUGUCCUCGGGACGUUACAGGGUCGUCCUGCAACAACAUCCCCGGGAUGUCACGGGGACGUCAGGAGGACGUUCCCCUAACGUCCCUGUAAUGUCCUCGGGACGUUACAGGGUCGUCCUGCAACAACAUCCCCGGGAUGUCACGGGGACGUCAGGAGGACGUUCCCCUAACGUCCCUGUAAUGUCCUCGGGACGUUACAGGGUCGUCCUGCAACAACAUCCCCGGGAUGUCACGGGGACGUCAGGAGGACGUUCCCCUAACGUCCCUGUAAUGUCCUCGGGACGUUACAGGGCCGUCCUGCAACAACAUCCCCGGGAUGUCACGGGGACGUCAGGAGGUCGUUCCCCUAACGACCCUGUAAUGUCCUCGGGACGUUACAGGGACGUCCCGCAAUAACGUCCCCGUGACGUAAUGAUAACCCUACACAAUGACAUUUACCGGAUGUUCGGAGAGGACCGUUAGGGGGACGUGCUGGGGACGUGUUUUGUUUGCUGGGAAAGCCCAAAAAGAGCCCCAGUAAUGACAGCAACAAAAAAUCAAAAUACCAAAAAAAUACAGCUGCAAGCACUGCAGCCCUUAGCACAACCAUGAAAGUCUCCCAAACGUUGAGCCGUGCAGACCCCACACUCUCCCCCACCAGGUCAGCCCCGACAUCACACACACCUCUGUGUAAACGAUGAGAUUAAACAUUCUACACAUAAGAUGGAGACAAGUCAAUGUCAAUAAAUUUGGUCUAAGCCAUCACUUCAUACAAACAAAACAGGGAAAGACAGGAUGUCUCGUCCAGUUCUCCUUCGGCCCACGCACGCACGCGCACGCACGCACGCGCGUCAGGAAAGUCGUAAAGCUUCUUUGGGGGCCAUGGAUCAUCUCAACAAAACCAGUCUCAAUCAACAGCCACCUCAAGUCUAAAAGAGUCACCCACCCGGGAACUAGUCACACCACAGCGAA